GUGGCAACCUUAAAAAUAAUACUACCAUUUUACAACGCUGAUUCUAUGUUUUUUCUAUAUUGUCGAGUGAAAUAAAUUUUUACGAUUUUCACGACGGAACAAAUUAAUUUAAUAGAGAAAAAUAGUGCAGCUUCAAAAAAAUUAAUUUGAAAAAAAGAACGCAUUAAAUAGUUAAUAAAUAUUGAAAAGACAAAGUUUUAACCAUUUCUAGAGUUGAAAUAAACAAGAAAUUAAUACCGCAUACCACAGCAAAGGAAAAAAUUCAACGAGAAAAAAAUUGCAAAAAGAAAAAAAUAAGUAGAAAAAGAAGUAUAAACGAACACACAAGUUUUGGAUAACGAUAAAAAGAAGUCAGUGACAGCACCGUUUUUGUAUUGUUUGCAGCAGCGAAGUCGGCGCAAAAAUUCUGCAUACUUAAAGUUACACCCGAACAUGUAUAUUUUAAAUGGGAUUAAAGCAGAUUUGAAACCUGGCCCAUUGUAUGUUGAAAAAUCUUAUGGGAAAUUACAUUGAGUCUAUUUGAAGGUUUGAAGAAAGAAUUGAAAAACAAAUAACAUAGACCGCUGCCGCAGCAUAAACAGCAGCAGAGCAGCAGCAGAACCAUACAUAACAACGAGUAAACACGAGUGGCGAGUAGCAAUUUUUCUUUUUCUUUUACUGCUCUUCGUACGACUUUUUGUGAUUAUUUUAAUUUUUUGUGAAACUAUAUUACACGAUACGGUAUCGAAAGAAAAAUACAAAAAAAGGCCAAUGUGGUUAUCAACCUGUUUAUAUAGUGACUGUUUACAAGAUUUGAGAAUAUAAAAAAUAAUUUAUAUGAAAAAUUUUAAAUAUCAAACCAACUUUUUAGGUUGGUUUUAAAUGUGAAAAAGAAAAAAUAAAACACAAACGAAGCAAAAAACGGGCCUGAAUUUUAAGCAACAGAAGAGUAACAAGAACACGUAACGCCUCCGCCGUUGUCACUUUGACGCCAACGGUCAUUUGCAACAAUAAGGCGUAAUAGUGCGUCACAGUGAUGCGGCAUUGGUCAAAACAAAACAAAUCCAAGCCCAGGAAUAUAACAAAAAGAAACACUACUACACAAGUAAACAACAACUAUAUUAUUCGUUCCAAUCGUUCAAAAGUAACCAUUUGUCGUUGAAAUUGUGUUUAUAAAGUAAAGAUUUUGCAAAACCUUAACACCCGGUUACAGUGUUGCGAUCUAUUAUAGCAAUGAUUAGUAAAAGCGAUGUGAUAAUGUGGUUUAAAGCCCUCGAAAGCUAUAAGAGAAUCGACACCAUGUGUACUCUACUAAAUAUGUGUCUACCGUUUGAGUUGCGCUUCUUGGGCACCUGCCUGGAGGAGUUAGGACGUCGGGACUCGCAAGAAUUGCGUGGCAUGGAGUUGAGGGCUAAUAAUCCUCAAGAUUUGGCUACCGAUAUGAUUGCAUGCCAAAAAGGUGAACCUACAGAUAUUAAGGUGCGACGAAAAAUGGCUUUGUAUUUGGCACUGAUUCGGGCCUGUAAUCGCACCAAUGUUACGGAAAUAUUUCGUACGCUUGAAUCAUGGGGCGAACUUGAUUUCUCCAACAUGACCGACAUUGAUACGUUGAAAGAGCUGCUGCUUGUUUACACGAUGGCUGCCAAUCAUCCGGUAUUCGAAUUCGAGCAGCAUUUAAAGUUUAUGAAGAUUUUUGAAAAAAUUAAAGAGAAUAAAUUGGUAGCCGAUAGUCCUUCGACAACGGCCUCACCGCCGCCACAAGCACACACUUCACAUCAGAAUGUUCAUUUCGAACAGACGCUGCAUAUGACUCAACAACAGAUGCAACAACAUAUUGCACCACCGUCCCAACAGGAUUUUAUGCAACAACAUGCUUUGCAUGCAGCAAUGCAUCCCAGUGGCCAACAUCAUCAACUGUUGGCACCAACACCUAUGCAAAUGUUGCCACAGGGUACCAUACCCUUAAACUAUCCACAGAGUCAUUUAGCAAAGUUAAUACCUACUGCUGAUGGACAAUCCUUGCAACAUCAAAUAACCACUGUCGACGGAAUACCACACAUGAUUUCCUCAAACAUCACCAUUCCAGAUACCAGCAAUGCCGCCGCCGCCAUACUAACACAUCCCAAUGCUGCCUCCUGGGCAAUGCGUCAAUAUCAUCAACAACCACCACCACAAACAGCAGGCAAUCAGCAACAAAUGAUGGAUCAUCCACCGCAAGCCUCAUCGCCGAUGCUAAGUCAACAGUCGUCGCCUGCUAGUAGUCGGGCUACCAGUCCAAAUCGUACUUCAUCGUGCGACAGUGGCAUGCAGACAACACAGCAACAGAAUAACUCACAGUUGCGUGGCAUGCAAAGAAUGGGACAGACAUCGUUAAAGAAUAUAAGACGUCCAUCGGCUGAGACAACGCCACCGCCGCCCAUGAUGUCUAAUGAGUUAAUAAUGCCGCAGAAUAUGAAACAAAUACAAGAGGUGGUUAUGAAUAACGAUGGCAGUGGAAAUCAGCUACAAAAUCUUAUACGCAAUGGCUAUACAAGAUCUGGUAAUCAUCCACGAAUAAAGUCGGGCACAUAUAUACCACCACAUCAACAGCAGCAGCAACAGCAGUCGCCAGUUAAUCAACAACACUAUCAAGGUCCAUUUGCCGUAAAUACCGGCCUCACCUAUGCCAUGCAAAACAUGUCCAUGUCAUCGUCCGAUAUGUCUUCAUCCGGACACCAUAGCAUGGACGGCAGUGGAGGUAAUAUGAUGAGCAUGAAUUCGAAUAAAAGCACUGGCAGUGAUUCGGGUUCAUCGAUUGGCUCUUCGGGUGAAAUAUCACCACCCGAAACACCCACUCUAAUGAUGAAUAAUGUGACAAAUCCCGCCAUGAGAAUGUCUUCGAGCAGUGGUGAUAUUCAACAAACACAACAGCAACAGCAGCCAACACAAAAACAUCACCAGCCUUCCCAGCUGAGCUACAACAAACAAUUGGGUCUAACUCGUUUGAAUGGACGUUCCGAAAAAAUGUUGUCGUCGAACUCCGCGGGAGGCAACAAUGUAAUGACCACGAGCACUCUUAUUUAUGCUCAGCCCCAGCAACAACAACAACAGCAGACAUCCAAUCAACAAGCCAUUUACGCUAAUGAAAUGUUAAUGGGUGGUGGCGGCUCCGCAAAUGUAAUGCAAACUUCUCUAACCAACAAUAACUCGGCUGGCAGCCCGGCCAAUGUGGUGUCGAGCAACAACAACAUGGUGGGCAACAACACCGUACUCAUAAGUUCCCCCAGUGCUGGCGGUGCAACAUUGGGAAAUGUCAUUUCAACAAACUCGGUGAUUCUACAACCACAUCAGCAACAAUAUAAUGCCACGUAUCCUUAUCAUGCCGCAGCGGCCGCAGCUGCUGCUCAACAUUUAGCAGCCACCUCAGCCAGACCACCCCUAAUGGCACAUAAUCCCGGCAUGCCGCCUCCACAACACAACACUUUCCGUCUGCCGGGUUUUCAGUUGCCGCCCAAUGGUGGUGAGCUGUUGUAUCCAGCUUAUCAUCCGGCCGGCGGUAUAACAUUUCUAUCGGGUGCACCACCGCCCGGAGCUCCCUCCGUUACGCUGAGAACCACCAAUAGUGGGGCAGCUGUUGUCAGUACACAGGCCGUAAGCCAACCGCCAACGCCACAACAAGUACCACCGCCAUCACAACAACUGCAGCAAACCACACCGGCAGCCACAGUCAUUGCUUCUCCCUACACAUCGCUAACGACGGUUGGUUUGGCCAACAAACCUCUGUCCUGCUACAAUUGUGGCUCACAAAGCCACAGUGGCCGUGAAUGUCAAGAAGCCUCCAUGGAGGAUGUAACACGUAGCGCCUACAAGUUAGACUACUCACAAGCGGCCACGGGAGCGGGCGCGGGGACACCAACAGCUGCCACUACACCUGCCAAUCAACAACAACAGCCACCACAACAGCAACUUGUUGGCAACAGUGCGUCAGACUCAACGAUAUCCAACACACACAGCCAACAUAAAACGCACGACAGUAGUGCUGUGCAAUCAAUUUCAGCUGUAACCGCCUCAGCAGUUGUGGCGUCAUCGUCAGCGACGUCCAUGGCUGCUACAGCGACAGCGGGUGCAAAAUGAAGCAUAAACCGAGAACAGUAGUGAGUUUCAUUCAUUAAAAAAUAACAAAAAAACAAACAAACAAAA